AAUUGUGGCAGACUUCAUAAGAAACUCCACUCUUAUCACAAAUCAGAUUUACUUUUAGACCAGAGCAGUGGUCCUACUGACCUAUACAAUUGGAUCUACCACUCCUAAACCAACAUACAAGAACAUUUUCAUUCGGGACUUGACGGAGAAACCUCUGGAUCAGCAAUAAUAUGGGAAAAGAAAACACCUUUUUGGUCACCGUUUGGAUAAUUCUGGCAAAUAUCUGUGUAUCUUUUUCAAGUACACCAGAACAAACACUUUUUGGUAACAGCAACUCCACUGAAUGGCUUGAGGACUACACAGACAUUGUAUCCAAGUUCUCCCUGAGAACUGCUGAGAUACCGGAUGAUGACUUGUGCUACAUCGUUCCCGGCCAGCCCUUAACCAUCCCAAAGUGUGAAUUCAACCCUGGGUAUAAGACGUUCGUGGUCAUUCAUGGAUGGACGGUCACGGGGCUGUUUGAGAGCUGGGUCCCUAAGCUGGUGACAGCGCUGUACAAGAGGGAGCCCAAGGCCAACGUGAUUGUGGUGGACUGGCUGACACGGGCGCAGCAGCACUACCUCACCUCUGCUGCCAACACCAAGCUGGUGGGCAAAGACGUGGCCAAGUUUGUUAAUUGGCUGCAGAAAACACUCGACUACCCCUGGGAGAAGAUACAUCUCCUGGGCUACAGUCUGGGUGCUCAUGUAGCCGGCAUCGCUGGUCUCCUCACCAACCACAAAGUCAGCAGGAUCACAGGUUUGGACCCGGCCGGCCCGACCUUUGAGUUUGCUGACGCCCAGAGCACCCUGUCCCCUGACGAUGCUCUCUUCGUGGACGUCCUGCACACCAACACCCGGGGCUCCCCAGACCGCAGCAUCGGCAUCCAGAGACCCGUGGGCCACGUGGACAUCUACCCCAACGGAGGAACCUUCCAGCCAGGCUGUGAUCUGCAGAACACCAUGAUGAUGAUCGCCACCACCGGCAUCCGUAAUAUGGACCAGCUUGUGAAGUGCUCCCAUGAGCGCUCCAUCCACCUGUUUAUCGACUCACUGGUGAACGCAGCAGACCAUCAGACCAUGGCCUACCGCUGCAGCUCCAAGGAGGCCUUCAUGAAGGGCAUGUGCCUCAACUGUCGUAAGAACCGCUGCAACAAGGUGGGCUACGGUGUCAACAAGGUCCGCCUGCCCCGGAACACAAAGAUGUACCUCAAGACCCGCGAGAUGAUGCCCUUCAAACUUUUCCAUUACCAAGUGAAGGUGCAUUUCUUCAGCAGUGAGAAACUGGCCUACACUGAGCAGCCCAUGAAAAUCUCUCUGUACGGAACCCAUGAUGAGAAGACUGACAUACCUUACACCAUGCCCUUCCUGAACACCAACAGCACUGUGUCAUUCCUGCUGACCACUGACGUGGACGUUGGGGAGCUGCUUAUGGUCAAGCUGCGCUGGGAGAAAGAUGCCUAUUUCAGCUGGUCUGACAUUUGGGGCAACAAAAACUUCCACAUCCGCAAAAUACGUGUCAAGGCAGGGGAGACUCAAUCCAGGGUGAUCUUCAGCGCUAAAGAUGGAGAGUAUGCCUACCUCAUCAGAGGAAAAGACGACGUAGUCUUUGUCAAAUCAAAAGAGGACAACAUGAGCCGGAAAGAGAAAACGAUGCACAGACUCAAGAUGCAGGGAAGCCACUUCAAGAAUAAAAUUGCAUGAAGCAACACUUGAGUAGAGUGCACACUGAACCACACAGCCAAAGCUGGAUGGAGCCUGGGAGAAUACACUGGAGAGAAGAUAGGGGAUGUUAGUCUCUGACCUGUGCUGUAUGUUCUGCCUCCCAACCUGUGUCAUCUCAUCUCCACCCGCAAUCACUUCAUCCCACUGUGCUGGGUGUCGGCUUACGUGCUUUUUCUUCUAUUAACCGUCAUCAUGGAGAGUGUUACAAUUGCUUUUUUUUUAAAUGAUUUUGACUUGGUCUUACGUUGCUACAUUAUCUUUUUAAUUCUUUCAUCUCAACUGUGUUUAUGUAUACCUACUAAAUCAAAUAAAUUAAUUUCUAACGCCAUACUAGGUAGUUCCGAUUCAAAGAGAUUGACAUAGCUUCCACUUAUUUUUUGCCACAUUCAGUGUGCACACUAUAAUAAUCAUGUCACUAAUGUCAUGCCUAAACCACUAAUUGCCGCCAUCACAGGGACCAAAGAUGGUGACAUUGUUCACUGAAUUGAAUAUUGCAGUGACCCGUGUAAAUAGCUUUUCAAUCACUAUUAUAUAUAUAUAUAUAUAUAUGCGUUAUCAUUGUAGAUGAAUUCCCUGCUUGUUCUUUGUGUGCAUUUGGUUAUUGUGUUUGGCACUGGUCACUUUAAGGGCGUUAGUCCAGUCAAUUCGAUCAUUCAUCAACUAGUUGAAAUGGAUUAUGUUCAGAUCAUUCUUUAAUUGGCCUCUGGACUUCUGAAGAAUAGAGGUCACAAGGAGUAGUUAGUUUGGCCUUAGUACUUCUAUUACUUCCUUUAUAGGUCAAAAAUCAUGUAGAAACAAUUACCUUAACCCUAUUGGUCAAGCAUGCCCUCUAAAACAUUCCAUUUUCUUUAAAAAGAUCAAACAAAAUGCUACACUAAAUGUAUAACAUAUAUGUGAGACUUUGCCAACAUGGGUGGGUAGCCCUACAUAAUAACCAUAAACAUCCCAAGAAUGUUUAAUAUUAUAUUUAUUGAAUGUACCUGUAUAUAUUUGUAUAUUUAAGCUGUAAUAUAUUUGGGCAGAUUUCCAUAGAUGUCGCUGUUUUUCUAGAUGAAGCGGUGUGAUUUUAUGUGAGUGGCUUUGGACAGACUGAUCAAAUUGGUCUCCAUGCCGGCUGAUGAGCGCAUUUAUUUUUCUGAAUUGAAAUGCAGUGUGCUCUAUGAAGACAGAAUGUGAUACUUUAAUAAAGUGAAAAUAUGAUAUA